AUGAGACAUGAUAUUACUAGUGUGUUGAAAAAUCCAUUGAUUGCGUAUUAUAAUAUAUUUGACUCUGAAAAGAUAGCAGAGUUUGCAGCUAUUGCCCCAGCCCCAUCCAAAGAUUUUUACCAUCUAUUAAUAACACCAACUAAAUUCAAAUUGAGAUGGUGGAAGAUUACAUCAAGAAAUGAUGGGGCAAAGUUUCAUCCAGGUGAAAGUGUGGCAACUUAUGAGGAAUUCGAACAAGACGAUCGGAUGCAUAAUGAAAUACUCAGGGUUAUGGGACAUAAAACACUAGACUACUGUCUGAACAUAUGUGCUGGGAAGCUGGAUUAUUUAGUCAGAAUACCAAACAAAAUUCUAGUGAAGAUAAUUUUUUAUCUAAAUCUGGAGGAUGUGAUUAAUUUAGGGACUACAUCACGACACUUUAAUGAGAUUUGUAAUAGCGAUUCAUUAUGGCGUGAGAUCUAUGUUAACACAAUAUUAGGUCAGCCAAGUAGACCUGUUGAAGAGUUAGCAAAGCUAUUCGGAUGGAAAAAGCUUCUAUUCACAAGCAAAUUACACCUUCAGAUGCAGUUACGUCGUUUAACCUUGGAAGAAAGUGAUGACAAUGGAAAUAUACGAACAAAUGUUUCCCAUGAUCCUGGAUUGUAUUUAGAUGAAUUGAAAUAUGAUGAGCAUAAACCUGUGCAUGAGAACAUUCACUGA